CUAUGAAUGGACUUACGAUGUCUUCCUCAAUUUUAGAGGUGAAGAUACUCGUCAUGGUUUCAUAGGAACUCUAAAUAAAGAGCUCAAUCGAAAGGGAGUUCACACCUUCUUUGAUGACAAAGAAAUAGGAAUAGGGGGUGAAAUUACACCAACGCUUCUCAAAGCAAUCCAGGAAUCUAGGAUGGCCAUUACUGUAUUUUCUAAGGAGUAUGCUUCCUCAACAUUUUGCCUAAAUGAACUAGUCCAAAUCCAUCAAUGUAUCAAGAAAAACGGUCGACUGGUUUGGCCAAUCUUUUAUGAUGUGGAGCCUUCUGAAGUACGACAUCAAAGAGGAAAAUAUGGACAAGCACUAGUUACACAUCGACAAAACUCAAGGGCUGAUGAAGAAAAAAUGAAAAGUUGGAAGCAUGCACUACAUGAAAUAGCUGAUCUUAAAGGUUCAUCAUGUGAUCCAAGGAAAAAUUUUGAGCAUGAACUCAUUGAAAAGAUUGUGAACGAUAUCUGUAGGACAAUCAAAAGGGUCCCUCUCUAUGUUGCCGAAUAUCCAGUUGGUUUGAAUUCUCGUGUUCAAAAAAUAAACUCUCUAUUGCACCUUGAGUUAAAUGAUAAGGUCAUCAUGAUAGGAAUUUAUGGAACUGGGGGAAUGGGCAAGACAACAAUCACACGUGCAGUGUAUAAUACAAUUGCUGAUAAUUUUGAUUAUUUGUGCUUUCUUGAUGAUAUCAAAGGAAAAUCUGGAAAAUAUGGCCUAGAACAAGAGCAAGCCAGGAUGCUUUCAAAGCUCUUAGGAGAGAAGAUAGAAAUUGAAGAGAUUAAUGAAGGAGUUAAGCUCAUAAAGCGAAUGCUCAAAGAUAAGAAAGUUCUUUUGAUUCUUGAUAAUGUAGAUGAACGAAUGCAGUUACGAAAGUUAGCCGGGGCAUGUGAAUGGUUUGGUUGGGGGAGCAGGAUCAUUAUAACAACACGAGAUUUACAUUUACUCAAGAGUCAUGGGGUUGAAAGAAGAUAUGAAAUGGAGGGAUUAAAUCAUGAAGAGUCUCUUGAAUUGUUAAGUUGGAAUGCCUUUGGGAAGAUGCAAGUUGAUGAUCCAAGGUACACAGAAGUUGUGAAUGAGGUGAUAAGUUAUUCCAGUGGUCUUCCCUUGGCCCUUGAAAUAUUAAGCCGUGAUUUGUAUGUUAAGAAUGUAAAUGAGUGGAAAUCUAUGUUGGAUGGAUGUAAAAGAAUCCCUCAUGGUAAGAUUCAACAAAUAUUAGAAGUAAGCUAUGGAGGCUUACAACAAUUUGAAAAAGAAGUUUUUCUUGAUAUUGCUUGCUUCUACAAUGGUAGUGAAUUGGAAUAUGUCAAAAAGAUGGUGGCAAUUGCUCAUGAUGUUGACCCAGAUUAUCAUAUUGGAGUGUUGGUAGAGAAAUGCCUUGUAAAGGUUUAUUGGGGCCAUCUUAUUGGAAUGCACGAUCUAGUACAGGAUAUGGGGAGAGACAUCGUUCGUCUACAAUCACCAAAAGAUCCAAGAAAACGCAGUAGGCUAUGGUCAAAUAAAGAUAUCUUGCGUGUUUUGGAGAGAAAUGAGAUAACGCAGAAUAUGAAAAUGAGUGUUUUGAACUUUGAAGGGUGCGAGUAUAUCAUUCACAUACCUGAUUUAUCAGGCCUCUCGAGUUUAAAGGAGUUACGGCUUCGUAAUUGCGAAAAUUUGAUUGAAAUUGAUAAUUCGGUUGGGCAAUUAGCAAAACUUGAAACUUUGAAUGUACGUAACUGUGCCCAGCUUAUGACUUUUCCAAGUGAAUUGAAUACACCCUCUCUUUAUGAUCUAGAUCUGGAGAUGUGCUCAAGUUUGAAUUACUUUCCAGAAAUAGCAACUCGUGAAAUGAAAAUAGAAGAGUUGAACUUGGUUGGAACUGGUAUAAAUCAAUUGCCUCCAUCAGUUGAAAAUCUUACUCAACUUCGAAGCAUAAAACAUAUUGGAAAUGACACUGCGGGCAAGGGAAUCAGGUUAGUGAAGCUACCAAGUAGCACUUUUUUGUUGCCAGAACUUGCAGGUAUACAUGUUGAAGGAUGCGAAGAGUUGCUUAUGGAAGUGGAGUCAAUGAUAUGCCCAAACGAGUUACUUGCAUCUGUAGUGCCCAUCAACAUUAAACCUGAACAUUUUCUUGGCUCGGCUCCUAGCUACUAUUUUUGUGUGCCAGGGGGAAGAAUCCCAGAAUGGUUCGAUCACUGUAACAAAGGACGGUCCAUUUCUUUUUGGUUUCGUGACCACCACCCCCCAUCUCUCUGGGUUUGUGCUAUUGCUCAACAAAUAGAGGAUCAUGAAUCGAUCCGAACAAAAGUGUUCACAAAUGGUGAAUUGCCAUGUCCACCGAUGCGAACAAAAGUGUUCAUAAAUAAUAAAAUGGCAUAUGAAUGUUACCUGCAGCUACCGAUUACGGGAUAUGAUGUGGAUCAUAUAAUUAUGCAUUAUAUAUGGAAUUUCCAAAUGGAUGGAGAAAUUAAAGAAAAUCAAUGGAAUCAUGUAAAGAUUUGUCCGCUUUUAGAGCUUGGAGAUGCCAUAAAAGAGAGCGGAAUUUAUGUACUCAGAGAUGAAUGGACCAAUAUGAAAAAUAUCCGAUUCACUGAUCCUUUCCAAAGUUUGGGUUUUUUGGGGAGUGACCGAGGAUGUGCUAUAGAAGGUGACACUGCUACAAAUAACCCUCUCUUCCCUUCCCAAAGUGAGCAGCAACAUACACAAUCACAUACUGCUAGGGACAUUGACUCGUUAAGAAUGCUAUCUGUAAAGUGUAGGAGAAUUAUAUUUCCUAUCACAAUUCAUACGGAUAGUGGCAUGAUGGGUUCUCAAUUAGAAUAUGAUUUCUAUAUUACUGAGCAAGAUGUCAGGAAAUUCCUAAGCAUGCAAGAGCUGUCCAUAACCAUUAUCCAACUCUUUGUGAGGUUUUGCUACGAACUUUGCUCCUUUAGAGGAAUUGUUGAUAGAUUUGGAUUUUUGUGUCCAAAUGCUAUUCAAGGUGUAGGGCAUACACGAGAAGAUAAGAUAUCUUACAUAGGAAGUACCAUCAAGGAAGGCAAUAAGCAAUGUUGGCUUGCACCAAUUUGUGAAGGGAACCAUUGGACAUUAUGUGCUAUUUGCCCAGGCUCGAAUAUCAUUCAUUGGUUUGAUUCACGUGGAGGCAAACAAAGCGAUGAUAUUGAGAACGUAUUGACUGAGUAA